CGUCAUUCUGUAGUCUGUAGUCUUCUGCUACUAAAAGCGACCGAAGACCGAAGAGAACCGUCAUCUCUUCAUUGUUGCGGAUUUCCUUUCUGUCGGAACAAAUUAGUCAAAAUGGAAGAGCAACAGAUUGCAGCAGCUGCGAAUGCGGAUAAUGCUGUGAAUAACCCUGGAGCCGGUCCUCCGCCACCACACAGGGGAGAAUCUUUCUUUGCUAUAGCAAAAUCACUCAUGGUUCGAGCUCUGAUCAUCUACUUCAUCACAUCAAUGUUCAGAAGACCCUCUGUUCCUGUGGAGAAGGCAGGCGGAAUACCCCAAUCAGUUAAAACAGCCUCAACCCAGAUCUAUGCCAAUGGCACAACUUUUGAUCUUUGUGUUUAUAUAUCAGAAGACUCCAACCUACCAGACUUUAAUGAUCCCAGUCAGCAUGUGUGGACACUGCCAAACUUGAUGUAUGGGGACUGGUAUAGUGGACCAGAGAAUAAUGGAAUAUUUACCCAGGAACUUGAGAUCCCUGUUCCUGAAGUGGUUCAAAAUAACGGGUCUUUUUACCUACACACCUUCCUCGUCCGUUCGGGUGAUUCCCCCGAUCCUAGCGGUGUUAAUGGACCUUAUAGACCUGAUUAUACAGUGCACAGAACAAGGAAAAUGAACCGACUUAAAAAAAGGAAAUAUGGUAAAACCCAUAAUUUGUUGACUGGGACCACUGUAGCAACUGAAGAAGAAAUUAUGAAAGCCGAAACUGUCAAGGAAGAAAUUUUAUCACAUUGGCAUCCAAAUUUAACUAUUAACAUUAUAUUUGACUAUACUGCUUGGACCAAAGGAGCCAUUCCUUCUCCAAUUGAUCAAUUUAUUGAGUUUUCAAACAGUGGGGAAUAUUAUAAGCCUAUAGUUUACUUCAAUGAUUAUUGGAACCUAGUCAAAGACUACCAGCCAUUCAAUACCACUGUCAAGACAAUUCCUUUGCGUUUAACGUGGCAGCCGCUUUCGAUGAUUAAGUGGCAGGUUUACGCUGCACAGUCGAUGAAGAAUCAAUGGGCACAAGGUGGACCAUUAGGAUCUCUGUUGUAUGGCGAAGUAAAUGAUGAAGUCAUGGAUGAAGAACAAGAUUCAUUGAAAGAAGCCAUGCUCGACACCAAUCCAUACCUGUUGGGCAUGACAUUUAUUGUGUCUGUGGUGCACAGUAUUUUCGAGUUUCUCGCUUUCAAAAACGACAUUCAGUUUUGGCGCCAGAGAGAAUCACUGGAGGGUCUUUCAGUUCGUUCCGUCUUCUUCAACGUAUUUCAAUCCUUAAUUGUUUUGCUGUAUGUGCUAGACAAUGAAACCAAUAUGAUGAUUCGUAUUAGUUGUUUCAUCGGUCUUGGGAUAGAAGUUUGGAAAAUUCACAAGGUGGUCGACGUAAAGAUCGAUCGAGAGAACCCCGUCUGGGGAUUCUUCCCUGUUCGCUUUGCUGAUAAAAGUUCGUACGUUCACUCUCACACAAAGGAAUAUGAUGCACUUGCAUUCAAAUAUCUGUCAUGGGCUCUUUAUCCACUUCUCAUUGGGUAUGCUAUAUAUUCGCUUGUGUACGAGGAACACAAAGGUUGGUACUCGUGGGUACUCUCCAUGCUUUACGGCUUCCUCUUGACGUUUGGAUUCAUUAUGAUGACACCUCAGCUCUUCAUUAACUAUAAACUCAAGUCUGUAGCUCAUUUACCGUGGCGCAUGAUGACUUACAAGGCUCUCAACACUUUCAUUGAUGAUAUUUUCGCUUUCGUAAUCAAGAUGCCCACACUUUACAGAAUUGGAUGCCUGCGUGAUGAUAUAAUUUUCUUUAUUUUCUUGUACCAACGUUGGAUUUACCGAGUCGAUCCUUCGAGAGUGAACGAGUAUGGUGUUUCUCAAGAGAUGCUCGAAGUUCACCAACAACAAAACGGAUCUGUCAACGCCAUAGAGCCGGCUCUGGCCGCAGAAGAAGAAAUAGCUGCGGCUGAGCCGAAAGCACCAGAAGAGAAGAAAAAUGAAUAAUAUUUCUUAAAAAGGUGAAUUAAUUAGUCCAGAAGCGCAGAUUUUAAUGUGUUGAAUGUUUGUGUAAGUGUGUGUAAUGUGAACAAAAAAUACAUUGUUGAACUGCAUGCAGUUCUAUGAUGCACAA